UAGGGGUCUAUCCUUCUCAAGAAAUUAAUGCUUUUGCUACUGUGGACGGAAUUGACUUAACCGAGGACGAAAAUACCAAAGCGACCGGUGAGCCAAAUUCAGUAUCUUUGCUAAAAUUCAAUCCUGAAAAGAAAAAAAGGGGUCUUUUGGAAUUAUUUCGUACUCACCCUCGUUUGGAAGAGAGAAUUGAGAGUGAAAAAGGGGAGCAAUAUUUAGAAAAAGAAUUUGCCAAGUUAGAAAAAAUUUUUAAAAAACCGCGUGAAUAUCAUUUUAAAGAGGCGUUAAUUAGGUAUAUUAAUAAUGAGUGGGGCAUUAGAGACGAGGCUAACGAAUAUAUUAAAAAGAGAUUCAAAGAUAGAAAAAAACCCCACGACUACCAUAUUACAGAAGCGUUAGUUCGUUAUAUUGAGGAUAUGGAGGAUAUUAGGGCGAUUGAAAAACAUAUUAAAGAUGAAAAAGAAGAUAAAGUUAAAUAUUAUACUAGCGAAGAAUUCCCGCUCGGAGAAAAUCCUCCACUCGCACUAAAAAAG